ACGCGCGCGCUGACGUCGCCGGCAGCCGCAGCCUCUGAAGCGGGGCUGGGACCGGGGGGCGCCGAGUUUGAUUAGUUUAGGGGGGCCGUCCCCCGCCGGCCGCCGCGCCCCAGGGAGCGGCGCCUCUGGGUGGCGGGCGCGUCCCGGAGGCUUCACCGCCGCGGCUCGGCGGUGCUGCGAGGAAAGUUGGCGGCUGAGGGGCGACGGGCGGCUGAGGGGCGGCGGGCGCGGCCAUGGAGCCCCGCGGCGCGGAGUACUUCAGCGCCCAAGUGCUGCAGAAGGACGUGAGCGGCCGGCUGCAGGCGGGCGAGGAGCUGCUGCUCUACCUCGGCGCGCCCGGCGCCAUCCCGGAUCUGGAGGACGACCCGAGCCGCCUGGCUAAGAUCGUGGACGCGCUCACCGGCUGGGUGGGCUCGAGCAACUACCGGGUAUCAUUAUUAGGAUUGGAGAUUUUAAGUGCCUUUGUGGAUAGAUUGUCAACACGAUUUAAAUCUUAUGUAACAAUGGUUACCACAGCUUUAAUAGACAGAAUGGGAGAUGCCAAAGACAAAGUUCGAGAAGAAGCUCAGAAUCUGACACUGAAGCUGAUGGAUGAGGUGGCACCACCUAUGUACAUCUGGGAGCAUCUGGCCUCUGGCUUCAAGCACAAGAACUUUCGAUCUCGAGAAGGCAUGUGCCUGUGUCUUAUUGAAACCUUGAACAUCUUUGGGACUCAACCACUGGUCAUCAGCAAGUUGGUGCCUCAUUUAUGUGUCUUAUUUGGAGAUUCUAACAGUCAGGUGAGAAAUGCUGCAAUAUCAGCUGCAGUGGAGAUUUAUAGACACGUCGGAGAGAAGCUGAGGACUGAUUUAUGUAAAAGAGACAUUCCCCCUGCUAGAUUAGAAAUGAUACUUGCCAGAUUUGAUGAAGUUCAAAGUUCCGGUGGUAUGAUUCUGAGUGUCUGCAAAGAUAAAAGCUUUGAUGAUGAGGAAUCAGUGGAUGGAAACAGGCCAUCAUCAGCUGCUUCAGCCUUCAAGGUUCCUGCACCUAAAACACCUGGAAAUCCUGUCAACAGUGCAAGAAAGCCUGGUUCAGCAGGUGGCCCUAAGGUUGGAGGUACUUCUAAAGAAGGAGGGGCCGGAGCAGUUGAUGAAGAUGAUUUUAUAAAAGCUUUUACAGAUGUUCCUUCUAUUCAGAUCUAUUCUAGUCGAGAACUUGAAGAAACGUUAAAUAAGAUCAGGGAAAUUUUGUCAGAUGACAAGCAUGACUGGGACCAGCGUGCCAAUGCACUUAAGAAAAUCAGAUCACUACUUGUUGCUGGAGCUGCACAGUAUGACUGCUUUUUCCAGCAUUUACGUUUGUUGGAUGGAGCACUUAAGCUGUCCGCUAAGGACCUCAGAUCCCAGGUGGUCAGAGAAGCUUGCAUCACUGUUGCCCACCUUUCAACGGUUUUGGGAAACAAGUUUGAUCACGGCGCCGAAGCCAUCGUACCUACGCUUUUUAAUCUUGUCCCCAAUAGUGCCAAAGUCAUGGCCACUUCUGGAUGUGCAGCGAUCAGAUUUAUUAUUCGGCAUACCCAUGUACCCCGACUUAUACCUUUAAUAACAAGCAACUGCACAUCAAAGUCAGUUCCUGUGAGGAGACGUUCAUUUGAAUUUUUAGAUUUGCUUCUGCAAGAGUGGCAGACUCAUUCACUGGAAAGACAUGCAGCCGUUUUGGUUGAAACUAUUAAGAAGGGAAUUCAUGAUGCUGAUGCUGAGGCCAGAGUGGAGGCAAGAAAGACAUAUAUGGGUCUUAGAAACCACUUUCCUGGUGAAGCUGAAACGUUGUACAACUCCCUUGAGCCAUCAUAUCAGAAAAGUCUUCAAACGUACUUAAAGAGUUCUGGAAGUGUAGCUUCUCUUCCACAGUCAGACAGGUCCUCAUCUAGCUCACAAGAAAGUCUCAACCGUCCUUUUUCUUCUAAAUGGUCAACAGCAAAUCCUUCAACUGUAGCUGGAAGAGUAUUGGUGGGUGGCAGCAAAGCCAGCCCCCUUCCAGGAAGCCUGCAGCGUUCUCGAAGUGACAUUGAUGUGAAUGCGGCAGCUGGUGCCAAGGCGCAUCAUGCAGCUGGACAGGCUGUGCGAAGUGGGCGUUUAGGUGCAGGUGCCCUGAAUCCAGGUUCCUAUGCAUCACUAGGUCGGGUGAGAGCCAAGCUUUCUACACCGCUUGUUGCAGUGGGAAAUGCCAAGACUGACUCUAGAGGGAGAAGCCGGACAAAAAUGGUGUCUCAGUCCCAGCCUGGCAGCCGAUCUGGGUCUCCAGGAAGAGUUCUAACCACAACAGCCCUCUCUACUGUGAGCUCUGGUGCUCAACGAGUCCUGGUCAAUUCAGCUUCAGCACAGAAGAGAAGCAAGAUACCAAGGAGCCAGGGCUGCAGCAGAGAGGCCAGCCCAUCUAGGCUUUCAGUGGCCCGCAGCAGCCGUAUUCCUCGGCCGAGUGUGAGUCAAGGCUGUAGCCGGGAAGCUAGCCGAGAGAGCAGCAGGGACACGAGUCCGGUCCGCUCUUUCCAGCCGCUUGGUCCUGGAUAUGGGAUCAGCCAGUCAAGCCGGUUGUCUUCUUCUGUCAGCGCCAUGCGGGUCCUAAACACGGGCUCUGAUGUAGAGGAGGCGGUCGCUGAUGCCUUGAAAAAACCUGCUCGAAGAAGGUAUGAAUCAUACGGAAUGCACUCAGAUGAUGAUGCCAACAGCGAUGCUUCUAGUGCGUGUUCAGAACGCUCCUAUAGCUCUCGAAAUGGUAGUAUUCCUACCUACAUGAGACAGACAGAAGACGUGGCAGAAGUCCUCAACAGAUGUGCUAGUUCCAAUUGGUCAGAGAGGAAAGAAGGCCUCUUGGGUCUGCAGAACUUGUUAAAAAACCAGAGAACGCUAAGUCGAGUUGAACUGAAAAGAUUAUGUGAAAUUUUCACAAGAAUGUUUGCAGAUCCUCAUGGCAAGAGAGUGUUCAGCAUGUUUCUGGAGACUCUAGUAGAUUUCAUACAAGUCCACAAAGACGAUCUUCAAGAUUGGUUGUUUGUACUGCUGACACAGCUGCUGAAAAAAAUGGGUGCUGAUUUGCUUGGUUCUGUUCAAGCAAAAGUUCAGAAAGCCCUUGAUGUUACAAGAGAAUCUUUUCCAAAUGAUCUUCAGUUUAAUAUCCUAAUGAGAUUUACAGUUGACCAGACCCAAACGCCAAGCUUGAAGGUGAAGGUGGCUAUCCUUAAGUACAUAGAAACUCUGGCAAAGCAGAUGGACCCAGGAGAUUUUAUAAAUUCCAGUGAGACUCGCCUGGCAGUAUCUCGGGUCAUCACUUGGACGACAGAGCCCAAAAGCUCUGAUGUCCGAAAGGCAGCACAGUCAGUGCUGAUUUCUUUAUUUGAACUCAAUACCCCAGAGUUUACAAUGUUAUUAGGAGCUUUACCAAAAACUUUCCAGGAUGGUGCUACUAAACUUCUUCACAAUCACCUUCGAAACACUGGCAAUGGCACCCAGAGUUCCAUGGGGAGUCCUUUGACGAGACCAACACCUCGGUCACCAGCCAACUGGUCCAGUCCUCUUACUUCUCCUACCAACACGUCACAGAAUACGUUAUCUCCAAGUGCAUUUGAUUAUGACACAGAGAACAUGAAUUCUGAAGACAUUUACAGCUCCCUUAGAGGUGUCACUGAGGCAAUCCAGAAUUUCAGCUUCAGAAGCCAAGAAGAUAUGAGCGAGCCACUGAAGAGGGACCCUAAAAAAGAGGAUGGUGACGCAAUAUGUGGUGGUCCCGGGAUGUCAGAUCCAAGGGCAGGAGGUGAUGCCACGGACUCCAGCCAGACAGCUCUUGAUAAUAAAGCGUCUUUGCUCCACUCAAUGCCACUCCACUCCUCUCCACGCUCCCGAGACUAUAAUCCAUACAACUACUCAGAUAGCAUCAGUCCCUUCAACAAGUCUGCCCUCAAGGAAGCCAUGUUUGAUGAUGAUGCCGACCAAUUUCCUGACGAUCUUUCCUUAGACCAUUCUGACCUAGUUGCAGAGUUGUUGAAGGAGCUGUCCAACCAUAAUGAACGUAUAGAAGAAAGAAAAAUUGCCCUGUAUGAACUCAUGAAGCUAACCCAAGAAGAAUCUUUCAGUGUUUGGGAUGAACACUUCAAAACAAUAUUAUUGUUAUUGCUUGAGACCCUUGGGGAUAAAGAGCCUACAAUCAGGGCCUUGGCAUUAAAAGUCUUAAAAGAAAUCUUAAGGCAUCAACCAGCAAGAUUCAAAAACUAUGCAGAGCUAACUGUCAUGAAAACCUUGGAAGCACAUAAAGAUCCUCACAAAGAGGUGGUGAGGUCUGCUGAGGAAGCUGCCUCUGUGUUGGCCACUUCCAUCAGUCCAGAGCAGUGCAUCAAAGUGCUUUGUCCCAUCAUACAGACCGCUGACUACCCAAUUAACCUAGCUGCAAUCAAAAUGCAAACCAAGGUGAUAGAGAGAGUAUCCAAGGAGACUCUUAACGUGCUCUUACCGGAGAUCAUGCCAGGUCUGAUACAGGGUUACGAUAAUUCAGAAAGCAGUGUCCGGAAAGCUUGUGUCUUCUGCCUGGUGGCUGUCCAUUCGGUGAUUGGUGAUGAGCUAAAGCCACACCUCAGUCAACUCACUGGGAGUAAAAUGAAGCUGCUGAACCUUUACAUCAAACGUGCACAGACGGGCUCUGCAGGAGGUGAGCCCACUACCGACGUUUCUGGACAGAGUUAGUGCUGCGGAUGGAGCCUCCCAGGUCUCGGAAAGGACAACCGCCUGCCCUCCUCGAGGAAAGGAAACUCAAGUACAGCUUUGGGACUCAGCUACGGUUUCCCAGUUCUAGCUUUCUGUUUUGUUCUGUUUUGUAUUUUCUGUAACAGAGGGGCGUCCUCAGUCUGCAUGUAACUUUAUGAUAGUUAUUCCAAGUUCAAGAGAAGCAGUAUUAACAUCAGUUGAUCAGUACAAAGUAAUUUUUUUAAUCUAAUUCACCAUUUCACAUGUUUGUACUUCUUUGUCUUCCCAUUAACCUUUGCCAGUGUUAUGAUUGUAUAAAUUUUUUAAAAUGCUGGUUAAACAGGAAUGCUUAAAGCUUUAAAAGUUUAACAGUCUAAACUUUUUUUUUGCCUUUAUUCAACUGCAGAAGAAUAUUUUUAUUGUUACUUUUGUUCCGUAUCAUGUCCUAUGCUAGAAAUACUGACAAUAAUGUGAGACAAAGCAGGGCUACUUGGAACUCCAGCCAGACUCUGUUGAUGUGGCAGUGGUACAUGUCGUUAGCGGCGACUUCUUUGGGAUGACCUCAAAGAGAAAUGUCAUAGAAUCAGCCAGUUCUGUAAGACUGAUAGUGUCUGUUGGUUCUUGAUCUUGCCACCUUUAUUUAAAGCCGUGUCCCUUCUUUUACCCCGUAAGAAAGCUGCACCAAAUCACCUGCCUAGGUUUCCAUGGGAAUUAUUACAAUGCAAGGUUUUGUUGCAGAGCUUUUUGGUUUAUCUUUGUUGUGAAUGAUGCUUUUUGUUGUAUUUAUUAAUAUCAAAUUCACUUAUGAAUAGACUUGAUAAUGGAAACAGAUGAAAAAAAUCAAGUGCAUGUGUGUCUUUGACUGUUCUGUUUCUCAUUUGAUAAACUAAUUAUUGACAUGGGAGUCAACCAGCACCUUUUAGUUGAAUGGUGGAGUCUGGUUUCCUUUGACCAUGAAAUUGUCUUAUGAAAACACAGAUCCUGAUGAGAGAGAAGCUGGUGCCGAGGCUCUUGUCCAAUGGGCUCACACUCUCUACCUCUUCAGGGCUGACACUUUAACUGACCCGCUGCCUGGAGUGUCUUGGAAAACUACUUCAAAGGUGAUGUUUCGUUACCUUUUAACAUUUUUUAAAAUCACCUCUGCUAAAGUUAUUUUCAUGUGCAGCCAACUUUCAAAUAUUACCAGUUUGGGUGAAAGGCCAAAUGAGGUCAUUUGGAACCAGGAUACUAUUGAUUUUUCAUCUUGACUUUUUUUUAAUCCUAACAUAAGGUGAAUUUGACUGGAAAGCAAAUGGCUAUUAGGGAAGCAGUUUGCUAUUGUUACAGAGUUACCUAUACUUUGUUCAGCUGGAAAAAAAUGUAGAAAUGUAUGUAAAGAACGUAAGCUGAGAGAACUGGACGGAUGAUUGGUCGUAGGCUUUUCCUUUUCUUUGUUUUUGUUCUGUUUUAGCAGCAAGAAGAGAUAUUACUCCAUACCCUCUCCCUACUGGAACAGUUUUGUUUUCUACUGUUAAUGACAUUGUGUAUUUAUAGUUCUAUGCUUACUGUUGUGCAUAUACUGGCAAUAAAACUGUACAUAACAUUACUUGAAAACCUUAACUAUA